AUGGAAGCGAAUUUACUUCAUAAAUUAUCUGGAAUAGACGCCUUCUGCGGCGAACCCUACUGGGAUCCAUGCAUAUGGAAUGCGACAUCGGUGCCAAUACUUACGCAAUGCUACAUGCACACGACUUUGAUUUGGUUGCCGACGGCGAUUGUUUUCAUUUUGGCACCAAUUCUCACUGCUCAAAUUUUUUACCGUCAGCCCAAUCCAAUCCCAUGGAGCAAACGGAUCAAAGCAAAAAUUGGGAUAUCGUGCAUUCUCAUCGCCGAUUCGAUUUCAGUAUUCGUUAUUGCAAUCUAUGAGACAUUGUUCCAAGGAUUUCCGUAUGCCGUUGAUUUUGUCUAUCCGCUAACUCUUCUUUUGGCAAUGAUCGUUUUAUGCGCGUUCAUCGUGUCAUGCCGCAACUAUGGAAUUGUAACAUCUGGUGGACUCUUCAUUUCAUGGCUUGUCUUCACAAUCUGCGGCGUCCCUGAGCUGAUGUAUUGGAUUGAUCGGAUUUUCAAUGGCUUUCAGAGCUGGUCGUGGCUUGAUAUUCCUCGUUGCGCGGCAUAUUUCAUUUGGUGGCCCUGCUGUUUGGCAGAAACUAUUCUGCACUGCUAUGCCGAUUUUGCACCGGAAUACAAACCAAUUAAUCAAGGACGAAAUCCCAGCCCCGAACUACAAUCUUCUUUCAUCAAUCGGCUCACUAUGUGGUGGUUUAAUAGUCUUUGCGCACUUGGAGUGAAGAAGCCAUUGGAACUCAACGAUUUGUACUCAUUGAACGAAGGAGAUGUUUCCGCUUCUUUAGUUCCGCACUGGUUCCGAACUUGGGAUUCCGUGUGCAAAAAGUAUGCUGAUAAGCAAGGAUCGACUGCUCGGCCACAUGAAGCACGUUCACGGUCACAUUCUAAUGAUUUGACGCCAUUGCUCAAUGAUCAAGAUUCGGAAGACUAUGGAUCUGUUCCUAUUCAAACACCUCGUACUCAAAGGCUUCCAUCAAUUAUUUGGUGUCUCUUCCUGAUGUUCAAAUGGGAUAUUAUCGUGGCUAUGACUGUCAAACUGAUCAGCGAUAUUUUACUGUUCUGCAACCCGAUUCUCCUUAAAAAGCUGAUCAAAUUCACAGAACAAGUUGAGAGACCAAUGUGGGAAGGUGUGAUGAUUGCAUUCGUUAUGUUCAUCGCUUCGGAACUCUCUUCAAUUCUUCUAUCACACUAUUUCUAUUUGAUGUACCGCGUUGGAACUCGAGUUCAAACGUGUUUGACAGCAGCUGUUUAUCGAAAAACGCUCAGACUUUCAAAUGCUGCUCGACGAGAGAAGACCGUGGGAGAAAUCGUGAACUUGAUGGCUAUUGAUAUUGAUCGUUUCCAACAAAUCACGCCUCAAAUCAUGCAAUACUGGUCGAAUCCGCUCCAGAUCUCUUUGGCAUUGAUCCUCCUCUUUAAUCAACUCGGAAUCUCAGUGUUUAGUGGAGUUGCCGUCAUGGUCCUGCUUUUCCCUAUUAACUUCGGAAUCACUAUGAUCAUCCGCAAUUUUAAGGUUGACCAGAUGUACUACAAAGAUGAGAGAACGAAAAUGGUAAACGAAGUGCUCAAUGGAAUUAAAGUCAUAAAGCUUUACGCUUGGGAACCACCAAUGGAGAACGUUAUCAAUUUCCUUCGUGAGAAAGAAUUGUCGUUAAUCAAGCGAGCUGCAUUCCUUCGGACUUUCUCGGAUAUGCUUAAUUGUGCUUCGCCAUUUUUGGUUGCACUCUCAACAUUCGCAACUUUCGUGUGCAUAGAUCCGAAAAAUGUGCUCACUCCGGAAAUCGCUUUUGUUUCUCUUACUCUUUUUAACCAAUUACGGUCGCCGAUGUCACAAGUUGCCGAGUUGAUCACUCAAACCGUCCAAGUCGUUGUGUCGAACAGACGACUGAAGGAAUUCUUGAUGUCAGACGAACUCGGUGGAAACUCAGUUGAUAACACUGCAAGAGAUAACGAGGACGUAAUUUGUUUGAAAGAUGCUACGCUAUCCUGGGAUCCAUCUGAUAUCAAUGCACCAAUGCUCUCGUCCUUAAACUUCUCUGUUCUUCGGGGUCAGUUGAUCACUGUUGUUGGAAGAGUCGGAUCGGGAAAGAGUUCGUUGCUGCAAGCAUUGAUGGGGGAAAUGGAAAAAGUUGGCGGAUUUGUUGGAUUGCACGGGCGCGUUUCAUAUGUUCCGCAGCAGCCAUGGAUGCAGAAUAAUACAUUGAGACAGAAUAUCACAUUUGGAAAACAAUACGAUGAAUAUUUCUACUCGAGAGUGUUGGAUGCAUGUGCGCUAUACAGCGAUCUUCAAAUGCUCAAUCUCGGUGACUUGACUGAAAUUGGAGAAAAGGGAAUUAACCUCUCGGGAGGACAGAAAGCGAGAAUUUCUUUGGCUCGUGCAGUUUAUCAAAAUCACGAUAUUUAUCUUCUUGAUGAUCCAAUGAGUGCCGUCGAUGCUCAUGUUGGUGCCCAACUCUUCAACUCAGUCAUUGGACCAGAUGGAAUGCUUCGCAACAAGACAAGAAUUUUGGUUACUAACGAACUUUCAUAUCUGGAAAAGGCUGAUCAAAUUAUUGUCAUGAAAGAUGGAAAAAUUGAGUUUAUUGGGCGUUAUAACGAAUUGAUGAACAAAGGAGCUUUUGAACAACUUCUGAGCGAAUGUGAGAAAGAAGACCGUGAACGUCGAGAGGCUGAAGCAUCUGCAGAUGAAGAUGAGGAAAAUUCUGAGCCAGGAGGAAUUUCAAUUCCUGGAUCCGAAUCAGAUGUUGAGUACGAUGAUGAAACAGGCACGUCUCCAUUUAUUGAUCACGUUCUUGGUUCGAGUCACAUGUCAACCGUCUCUGGAAUCAUCAAUCGUCGUCGAAUCAGCUCGUCAACUGCAAAAAAACAACAACAACGCCGCCGUCUUUCUACUAACAAAUCGGGAAUGUUCACUCCAUCGGAAGUAUCUGCAAGCUCAGCCCGUCAACUGACAUCAGCAGAACGUGUUGAAACGGGAAGAGUCAAAUUGGAUACAUACAAAAAGUAUUUCGGUGCAAUGGGGAUGACAAUCGCAUUUUUGUUUGUUGCUGGAAUGACCACGAGCACAAUUGUUUCGAUGGGAAGAAACUUGUGGUUGACGGAUUGGUCCAAUGAUAACUCUGCUGCUGCUUCCAAAAAUGGAACUACUGCACAAUCAGUUGUGAUUCGUCUUGGUGUCUACGCUGGUCUUGGAUUUUCUGAAAUUAUUCUUCUGUUCAUUGGUAUGCUAUCGUUGCUUUAUGGAGGUGUAUCAGCUUCGAGAAACUUGUAUGCUCCACUCAUGCGUUCGCUCUUCCGCGUUCCGAUGUCGUUUUAUGACACCACACCAUUCGGAAGAAUUCUCAACAGAAUUGGAAAAGAUAUUGAAACUGUGGAUAUCCUCCUUCCGUUUAAUGUUCAAUUCUUUGCUCAAUGUCUUCUCCAAGUCGUCUCGACUUUGAUAAUCAUUAUGAUUUCCACGCCAAUCUUUGGUAUUGUUGUGCUCCCGCUUACUGUGAUGUACCUUAUGGUUAUGAGAUAUUACAUUGCUACAUCCCGACAAUUGAAACGUUUGGAAUCGAUUACGAGAUCACCAAUCUACAGUCACUUGAGCGAAUCUAUCCAAGGUUCAUCCACCAUUCGAGCUUAUCACUUGGUGGACCGUUUCUGCAAAGUGUCCGAACAAAAAGUUGACGCGCAUGUGCAAUGCCGUUAUUUGAACUAUGUUGCAAACCGCUGGCUCUCCGUCCGUCUUGAAUUUAUUGGAAACUGCAUUGUUCUUUUCUCGGCUCUUUUCGCAGCUCUGACAAGAGCCACUACUACUUCGGGAGUGAUUGGUCUUUCCGUUUCAUAUGCUCUUAAUAUCACAACUGUCUUGAACUUUGCGGUUCGUCAAAUCACCAAGCUUGAGACGAACAUUGUAUCUGUUGAACGUGUCAAGGAGUAUUCAGAAGUUGAAACGGAAGCUGACUGGGAAUCCGAAGAUGGAAAGAAACCUCCCAAAAAUUGGCCAACAAGGGGUAAAAUUACGAUUAACAAUUACUCAGCCAGAUACCGCCCAGGAUUGAACUUGGUAGUUAAGCAAUUAAACGCUGAAAUUGGACCUCACGAGAAAGUUGGAAUAGUCGGAAGAACAGGAGCUGGAAAAUCUUCGGUUACACUUUCCCUAUUUCGUAUCAUUGAAGCCGCAGAAGGUCAAAUUGUUAUUGACGGAGUCAACAUUGCUGAAAUUGGUCUCCACGACCUUCGUUCCAAUCUGACGAUCAUCCCACAGGAUCCUGUGCUUUUUUCGGGGUCCUUGCGCUUCAAUUUGGAUCCAUUCGGGCACUAUGAAGAUAGCGAGAUCUGGAAGGCCCUUGAAAUGGCUAACCUUAAAGAUUUCACUGCUCAACAAAGUCAAAAAUUGGAUUACGAAAUCACUGAGGGAGGAGAUAACAUUAGUGUUGGACAACGUCAGCUGGUAUGCUUGGCUCGUGCGCUGUUGAGAAAAUCCCGCGUCCUGAUUCUUGAUGAAGCUACUGCUGCUGUGGAUUUCAACACCGAUUCUCUCAUCCAGAAGACCAUUCGCGAAGAGUUUGCCGAUUCGACCGUACUUACCAUCGCGCAUCGACUCAACACAAUAAUGGAUUACGAUAAGAUAAUUGUUCUUCACGAAGGAAAAAUUAAGGAAUUCGAUAGCCCGAAGAAUUUGAUUGCUGACAGAAAUUCAGAAUUCUACUCGAUGGCCAAACAAGCGGGAAUAGUUAAUUAA